AUGUCAGGACGCGGAAAACAGGGUGGUAAGGCCCGUGCGAAAGCGAGGUCUCGUUCUUCCCGCGCGGGGUUGCAGUUUCCGGUGGGGAGACUCCAUCGCAUGCUUAAGAAAGGCAACUACGCUGAGCGCAUUGGGGCCGGCGCUCCGGUGUACCUGGCGGCGGUACUGGAGUACUUGACGGCCGAGAUCCUGGAGUUGGCGGGCAAUGCGUCCCGCGACAACAAGAAGACGCGCAUCAUCCCGCGCCACCUCCAGCUGGCCGUCCGUAAUGACGAGGAGCUCAGUAAGCUUCUGGAUGGCGUGACCAUCGCACAGGGUGGCGUCCUGCCCAACAUCCAGGCCGUGCUGCUGCCCAAGAAGACUGAGAGCCAUCACCACAAAGUCCAGAGCAAGUAACACCCCUAGAGGGUAAAGCUCAGCGUGUCACCUGAACAUUCCGAGAGCGGGGAGAAUACCCUGAAACCAAAGGCUCUUUUAAGAGCCACCCACAAUGACACAGAGAAAGCUGCGCAUAGGUUAUAAAGAACAGUACGUUUUAGAUUCAUUAGCAGCGGACUGCCACUAAAAAUGAUUCACCAGAACUCAUAAUGAGUAGAAAGUGACAUUGAUUUGCGGACAAUUUUUGGUUCUCAUGACAGGUUGCCAAAAGCUAUUCACUGAAGGCCAAAUAAUGUUGACAAAAGCCCUUAAGCUAAUGACCUUGGAGAUACCUAUCAGCGCGGACCUAGCUUUAGCACCUAAAGUAGGUAGAGCAGGCAGACUACUAGGCUCCUGGUGGUAGCAAUGUCAUCCUUUCUAGUCAAGACGACAUUCCUGGAGCCCAUCGGAGAAGAAGCAAGCUUCAAUUACUACAGCCCUGUGACAACCAUGUAGUUCUUGAAAUAAUAUAAAGAUGGGAAAUUCUACUUUAGGACUUAUAUUUUAAUGAGUUAAAGACUAUGCCUAAAUGAUGAUUAGAUUAGGACAACAGGAGGUGCGUAAUCUUGCAGUUUCCAGUCUACCUCUGGGGCGCAGUCCUACAGAACAUCUGUCCAUCAGCAAGGCUGCAUGAUUUCUCAAAGCCCCUUCAAGAAUGGAAUUUUCUUUCAAACAUGCUAGAAUUGCUUAAUAUCAUGAAGUCUUUAAAUAUGAGAUUAAUGAGCCAAAAAUUAGAA